CUCUGAAUCCUUCCAAGUUCCAAUACUUAAGUAUUUGUUACUUUUUCGUAGUUUCUCUGCUUUCGCAGCUAUCUGCUAGUUACCUAUUAGUUAAAGAUGUUCCUCUAUGAAAACAAGUCCGUUGCAUGUCAUCCUGUUUACCAGUGGAAUUCGGUGGAUCUGUUAACGGAGAACGGUCUCUUUCAGCACGGUGAAGUGAUCGACGUGGCGGAGAACGGUCUUAUCGUGGAUUUUCGCUGCAGCGGACAGCGAGCGCAGUUCGUCAACUACGAUAACAUUUUUCUCGGUUCGCUCAUCCCGUGUUGCGCGGGAUACUCCCACUGCAACGACGAAUUGCGGCGCCAUCCCAAGGCGACGGAGAACGCCCGCGUGGAAGUACUGUGUCGCUCACAGCCGGGUGCUGCGUGGCUGUGGUAUCCUGGCCGACUUCUCAGUGAAGUCAGGUCCUUCCUGAUGCAAGGCAUCCCUUUGGUGAUCGCUGAAUGGGAGCGCACAGACGGAUUUGUUCCCCGACGAGCAAGUGCGUUCGCCGCCGUCGAAGAAGGAUCUGGAUCAACGAGCUGUGCAGCCGUGGGAUUUCGCUUUGCGAGAGUGUCCUUUGCCGGCGAAUUAUUGGUCGACCAUCACGUCUGCGAUUGAAAAUCGCUUUCGUGAGGAAAUUGAAACGAGAAAGAUGGUCCGAGUUGUGUCGGUGCUCAGCGGAGUGCUCAAGUAUGUGCAGCACAGUGGCCAGGAACCGCUGACUCAACACGAGCUAAAAUCCGCGUACGACCGGACCUGUUUGAACGCUCCCCGGCUGAGGAAUGACAAACAG